AUGUAUGUGUACUUUAGCAAGCGUGUUGCAGUACCGGCGAGUACAGUUGUCACAGCUAUCGCGUGGAAUGAGGAGCAGGGCUGGCUGGCCUGCGGCGGCAAGGGCGGGCUGCUGAAGGUGCUGAAAAUUGAUAACGGCGCGGGGACGAAGGGGGCACUUUCGAUGAAUCAAACACUCGAAGGGCACUCGGCGGACGUGCGGGUUGUGGCCUGGAACCACCAAUACGGCAAGCUCGCCUCCAGCGAUGAGGGUGGCCAGAUCAUUGUAUGGGCACUGCACAAAGGCAUGUGGAUGGAGGAGAUGAUAAACAACCGCAACAAAGGUACCGUGUCGGACCUUGCCUGGAACACUGAGGGCACGAAGAUCUGCAUCAUCUACGCGGAUGGCGCCGUCAUUGUGGGUGGUGUUGACGGCACCCGGAUUUGGGGAAAAGACAUUAAAAAUGAACUCGUGAAGGUGACCUGGAGCCCGGACGACCGCUGCAUUCUUUUUGGCACCAAAACCGGGGAGAUACUCGUGCACGACGGCGACUGUGGGCAUAUGGUGUGCCGAGUGCAGGAAACCUCCAUGGAGGGUGAGGCGCCACUCACCGGUUUGUCCUGGCAUCCCGCGUGGGUGGACAGUCCGGAGCCUCUUGCCACACUUGUCAUCUGCUUCGCGAAUGGCAAGAUGCAGUUGAUGCGCGAAAUCGGUGACAACCAUCCUUACCUCAUCGACAGCGGAAUUCCUGUCUCCAGCGUCGCCUGGAACCCACAAGGGACGAUAUUUGUAGUCUGCGGUGUGAUGUCGACCGCAGCGAUGUUGGGUGAAGCCUCGCCGUCUUCAUCAUCCUCAUCGACGGUGUCGGCGCAAUUCUUCAAUACGGAGGGUAUUCACCUGCGCACACUGCGCGUUAAUGGGAGUCACUGCGGUGGAGUCACGUGGGAAGGUGAUGGCCUUCGCGUCUGCGUUGCAGUUGACGCUGCGUUGUACUUUGCGAAUGUACGACCCACGCACAACUAUGCGUACUUCGCCAAAACCGUGGUGUUUGCCUUCCACAGGCCCGAUCGUGCAGAGCAAGGCGUUAUGUUUUGGAACACGCGAAGCAACGAACGCGUCAUCCGCUACUUCCGUGGGCUCUUUUACAUUGAUGCCUGCAAGGACGCUUGCAUGAUCGUCAACUCUUCGGGUGACGGACGCCACCGCGUCAUACAACUCUUGAACGCCAUUGGGGGUCCCUUGGAAACGCGGAUGAUUGAGAUGGAACCGCUUGCCUGCGGUAUGAACUCCGAAAACAUUGUGCUGGCUGACGAGGAGAACAUUUACGUCUGGCAGUUCCGCGACCCAGGCGUCGUUCUGGACUUGCUGGACCCCAUCUCUGUUCAGGCGAGUCGCCAUGACACACGUGAGCGUGUGGUGCAUGUUGACGACAUUGUCCGUCCUGACACGCCACCCUCGCUUCUUAGCCACACCGCUGUCACGAAUGAUCUUGUCUGCUCACUUUGCCUUAGUGAAGACUUUCUUUUCGUCGUUCGUGAGUCGGGGCUGCUGCAGUUGUAUCGCUUAGCCCCGUUAGAGCUUGUGGGCAAAAUGAUUUUGCCCUUCCGCGUACAGUCCAUGGCGGCCAACUCGAAUUCCACUCGCCUCUCGGUGUGUGAUGUGGGUGGUACCAUGACACUCUUUUACAUUGAUCUCACGAAUCUCUCGUUGGUGCCCAAAAAAGUCUCCCCACAGCCCAACUUUGAGCGCAAGGAUGUAUGGAGCAUGCGCUGGUCGAAAGACGAUCCGGAGCUUCUUGUCGUGAUGGAGAAGUCCCGCAUGUACAUUUUCCGUGGCAUUGAAGCGGAGGAGCCAGUCCAGUCUUGUGCCUACAUUUGCAAAUUCAAGUCCUUCAAGGUGCGUGCACUGCAGCUGGACGAGAUCAUGCAGGACCCGGAGAGACCCCGCAAGGAACACGUUAUCGACUUUGAAACACGGGAGCUGCGAGAGGCGCGGCAGGCGGUGGAAAUCAUGUCGAUGCAGGAGGCCUACACGUACGUGGAGAAACAUCCGCACCCAAAGCUGUGGGCAUUACUCGCUGAGCACGCACUGGCGAAGCUUGACUUUGAUCACGCGGAGAUGGCGGUCGUCCGCAGCGGUAACUACCCGGCCAUACAAUUUGUGAAGCGCGUCAAAAUGCUUGACGACCCGCAGAAGCAGCGGGCGGAGAUCCACACCUACUACGGCCGUUUCGACGAGGCGGAGAAGAUUUACAAGGACAUUGACCGCAAAGACCUCAUGCUUGAUCUCCGCUACCGUCUCGGGGACUGGUUCCGUGUUGUGCAGCUUGUCCAGGAGGGUGGCGGGGACGAGUCACACAUGCGGCAGGCGUGGGAAAACAUUGGUGACUACUACGCCGACCGACAGAAGUGGACGAAGGCCUCUCAGUAUUACACACAGUGUCGGCAGCUGCACAAACUCGCUCACAUUCUUUUUUUGCUGGAGGACUAUGACUUCCUCGCCCAACUCAUCCCAAGCGCGGAGCACGACAAGGGGCUGCUUCUCAAGAUUGGCGAGAUGUUGUUUUCCGUCGGCCUCAGUGAGGAUGCAUCACGCGCGUUCCUCGCAGCAGGCGAGGCGCAGUUAGCGGUUGCCGGGUGUGUGCAGCUGCACCAGUGGGAUAACGCCGUGGCGAUUGCAGAGGCGCAUAAGCUCAAGGACAUUUUGCCGCAGCUUGCGCGUCACACGAAGAGUCUUAUUGAGAAUGAACGGCUUCCAGAGGCGAUUGAGCUAUACCGCAAGGCGGGCCAGCACGAUGAGGCGGCGCGACUGCUUGCGCGUCUUGGGCGACGGGCUGCCGCCACAGACCCGUUGCGGGCCAAAAAGUUUUAUGUGCUCUCUGCACUAGAAAUAGAGAAGUACCGCAGGAAGAGGGCUACACUGAGCGGCGACGGCACAGCCGCCGUGGACAUGCUGCUGAGUGAGGAGCGAGCUGCAACGUCUGAGCGGGUGUUGGACGCGGCUUGGCGCGGCGCCGAGGCAUUUCACUUUUUCCUGCUCUGCCAACAACACAUCCUGCACCGCAAUCUGCCGUACGCCCUGAAUGUGGCAAUGCGGCUGAUGGAGUACGAUGAUCUUAUCAGUCCAGUUGAUAGCUACCGCCUCAUUGCCCUCACAGCGUACCUGGCAAAGAAUUUUAGCAUAUGUAGCAAGGCGUUUACGCGCCUAGAAGCGGCGGAACAGAUGGAUGUACAAAAACAAAACGAGGAGGAUGGGGGAGGCCCCGCGGUGGCCGGCCAGCUGCAAUUGAUUGACAUGACAGUCGAUCUCGAUGUCUCCAGCAGAACCUUUGCUGCACAACGUAGCCGUGUCGCCAUGACUGGCCUGGCAGGUGCAGUUUCCACAGGGAUAAGCGGCACCACGACGUCAUUGCAGCUGACUAACCCCUCGAAGGGAGUGGUGCCUGCGACGCAGUUUACCUACCCGACCGUAAGCCUGAAGGAGCCACGCCGUCGAUUUGCUGAUCUCGCGGUGAAAAUUUUUACGAAAUAUAAGCCGGAGGACAACUCCGCGGAUCGUGUGAAGUGCCCUAAGUGUGACACCUUCAACAAGGAGUGGGCCUCCGCGUGUGCUCACUGCCAGCAUCCGUUUGGUAUUUGCAUCUUCACUGGACGCUGCAUCACAACGGAGGAUUUCUGGCAGUGUGCGGUUUGCCACCACCGCAUCAUUGAAGUGGAGGGUGACCGCUUCCGCAACUGCCCUCUUUGCCACACACCAAUAAAGCACAGGGCCCGGAGUUAG